AUGACGCAACGAGUCCGUGUGGUGCUGAUGAGCGGCGACGAAGUUCAAGGCGACGUCCUCCCAGAGACUACGCUCACGACGCUGGCGCAGGAGGCCGAUUACUCCUUUCGGGUCGCUGGCAAAGUGUCCUGCGGGGAUCGGCUGGGCUGGCUUAUUUCCGACGCCCUUCAAGGCCUCAAGCCCUCCAGCACUAUUGCGGAAGCAAACCUGCAGGACGGCGCCUCAAUCCAAGCAGUGAUCGUCAAGAAGGACCGGCUGGUGCAAACCCGCGGCUCCUGCAAUCGGGCCCUGGCGUGGCUGGGCGGCAAUGGUUCCGUGCGUUGUGGAGGAUCCCCAACCUUGGGCGGGGAUUGCAGCCAAGUGCAGCAUCAUCUUCGUGACGUGAGGGACAUUGUCGCGACCUUGUCGUCCUUUGCGGCCGUGCGGGACGACGGAGGGCUGGUGACCUGGGGCGGUGACGAUCCUGAUAGCCUUAGUCGGCACAUUCCCAAAGAGCUAUGGGAGGUGCAGAGCGUCGCAGCCACCGACAUGGCGUUCGCGGCGCUGAUGAAGGACUCUACCGUGGUGUGCUGGGGAGAUCGGGGCGAAGGGGGCGACUGUGGAGCCGUGGAGCACCUCCUGAGGCCGGAGGGUUCCAGGAGGGUGAUGCAGAUCGUGGGCUGCGAAUCAGGGUUCGCUGCGAUCACGAGUGAGAGGCAGGUCGUGAUAUGGGGAAACCGAGGGAGAUGGGGGGACUAUGUCAUGGACGGAGUGCUUCCGCUGAGCAACGUGAAGGAGGUCAAGGGUGUGCACGACCACCACUUCGCGGCGCGGACGCACACGGGCUCGGUCUGCUUCUUUGCAGACCGCGUCUUCGACUGGCCGCAAGGAGGGCAAGGGGUGGUCCAACUCGAGGCUUCCGAACAUGCCUUUGCAGCCUUGCGCUCGGACAUGUCGGUGGUGGUCUGGGGUUCACAGGACUACGGUGGUGACUGCCGGAAGGUUCAACCUUGGUUGACCAGCGUGGUGAAGCUGGCCGCCUCCCCGACGGCCUUUGCGGCGCUGCGCACAGAUUGCACCGUGGUGUCCUGGGGAGGCCCGCCGGGACCUCACCGAUGGGUGUCUCUCGGCCUCCAGUUUCUCUCUCCGUGUUUCUCUUGA